AAAACUAAACACGUAGCCUUUCACAUUACACACAUCUCUCAGAAGCAAAAAUUCCGUAUUGUGUCGCGUGCGGGCGAUGCUCGAGUGGGCUUCUCAUUAUUAUAUCGAGUUUAUCGCUGUUGCAGCAGCAGAGCACGCCUGUAUGGACGCUCUUGAAGUCGUUGAGAUCUCCAAAGUGGUUCGAGAGGACCAAAACAUGAGGAUCCUCGGAGGAGUGUGCAUCUUUUUUUUGGCAGCUUGCGCAGUAACCUCUUCUGGCAAGAAAAUCAUUUACCAAAAUGAGGCGAUUGAAGAGGAUGAAUUCAAGGAAAUUAUGUCGAGACGACCCCCAAAAUUUGACAUCAACGUGCAUUUUGGAAAUGUUUCCCAAAACAACGCAACUUCUCAGCUUUUCUGCACAACUCUUUCAUCGUCAGAUUCGUGCCCGUCCCCUUAUGCAAAAUUUUACCUUUACACGCCUGACGGAACUCGAGCUUUAAUAGACCAGACGGACCCAAACUGGUUUUCAAAAAGUAAAUUCGACAAAUCACAACCAACGGUGCUUCUAUUCCAUGGAUUUGGCGGUGGCGAUAAUAUAGGGAGUAUGCCAUUGCUUCGCAGAGCUUAUUUAAAGUUAAACUACAACGUGAUCAACGCAGACUGGGCGCAGUUGGUGGCGGGUUGGUGCUACUUGACGGCCACAAGUACCAACGUCCGCGGCAUGGGCAAGUGCACCGCUCAACUGCUCGCCUUUUUCGAGCGCAGCACCACCAUCAACUACCAGAAAGUCACCUGCGUUGGUUACAGCUUGGGGGCGCAUGUCUGUGGAACUACAGCCAGCUUCUUGGCCAAAAAACUGGACAAAAUCGUCGGUUUAGACCCGGCAGGACCCUUGAUGCAGAACAAAAUCAACAGAGACAAACUGGACUCCGGGGACGCCACGCAGGUUCAGGUCAUCCACACAAAUGCUGACUUCUACGGUAUGCGAGGCCAGGUGGGUAAAGUAGACUUUUGCAUCAACGGAGGCCUCCUGCAAACUGCGUGCGCCAACCAGCGAGACUAUUACUACUGCAGCCACAUUCACUCGGUUUGCUAUAUGGCUGAGAGUCUUUUCGUGGGCAAGAGGAGGACUGCUAUGCCCUGCGUAAAUGCCUGUCCGUACACGAGAAUCAGAGCCAGAGCCGGAUCCAAUGUGACCGUGGGCUUGGCGGUGGAGAGCGGGGCUUCUGGAAUGUACUGCAUGUACGUGAAAAAUGCUCCGUACUGCAAUGACCCGAGCGACUCCUCAUACGGCGACCCUAUUUGCUGUGACACUUCCCUUUCCGCAAAUGAUCUGUUUAUUCAGACAGAAUUCAAAUGAAACAGAAUCGAGAAUUGAAAUUUAUUUGUUUUGAAGGUGUUAUUUAAUAUUUAAACAAAUUAAAUUAUUUUACCUGUUGUU